UUUUUGUUUUUUUUUUUUUAUUUUUUUCGCACAGCGUGACGGAAAACACUCGAGCGGUAUGUAGGCAAUCGACUACAAUGUGUGCUUAGUCGUUUUCGUACAUACGCUCAACGCUACCCACCUAGAUAUGGCAUGUUGCCAAAUGGCAACAUGAUGCAUUUAAGGGUUAAGAUACUGGUUAACUAUCUUUUUUUCCAACUGUUGGCAACAUUGCGUUGCACUAGUGCAGCAGUACAGCUACCAAGAACAAACCUCAUAUUGAUGGUGGCCUGGUGGCCGAAACUUGCACCACUAACUGACUGACAGUGAUUGACAGUGCGCGAUCUGACGUGAUCAAAUGUUAUCUAAUGUAAGCCUCUUCCAUCCUUCGUCGAAUAUACAGAAAUGUUGACACAAGCACGCACAGCGAGUCUAUCUUGCUCUAUCAUAACGAAGACCAAUGAAAACAAGAGGUGUUGACGAAAGGUAACGAAAGAUUGAGAAAAAAAAGAAAAAUAUACUUUUGAAGUUGUGGUUGGGAUCGACGCAAGUUUAUCGCAUAUAUCGUUCUGCGGAAGUCUAAAGAAAUGGCCGAGGAAGAGAAACCCGUUCCUUCAUCUAUGACGCAGUGCUAUGAAAAUUACAUUAUAGUCGAUGUGGGUGCUAAUCUAACGAACAAAAAAUAUAGUCGAGAUCUGGAUAGUGUGAUACAGAGGGCGAAGGACGCAGGAGUGCAAAAGAUUAUGGUGACUGGUGCUAGCAUUCGUUCCAGCAAGGAAGCACUAAGGCUAACUAGAAUAUAUCCCGGAACGCUCUACUCGACCGCUGGUGUGCAUCCACACGACGCCAAGUCCUGGGAGGAGCCGGAUACCUUACGCGAACUGGAGAGUAUAGCCGGAAAUCCCGAAUGUGUGGCAAUCGGGGAGUGUGGGUUGGACUAUAACCGCGACUUCUCGGCGCCGGAGGUGCAGCGCGCUGUAUUUCACAAACAGAUAGAACUAGCUUGUAUGUUAAACAAGCCAUUAGUAAUACAUGAGAGAAACGCGCAGAAGGAUGUGCUAGAAGUUCUUGGUCAGUAUAAGAAUCGUCUGCCACCCGUUUUGAUUCAUUCCUUUAUCGGCACUGCGGAAGAGGCGCAAAUAUAUCUGGAUGAGGGCUUUUAUUUGGGCAUUACGGGCUAUCUGUGUAAAGAUAAGUCCGACAGUGGAGUGAGACAGUUGCUAGAGGGUGGACAAGUACCAUUAGACAAGAUUUUAGUAGAAACCGAUGCACCAUUCAUGUAUCCAAACACUAGAGCUAGCAAAUUGCCUAUGUAUGUGAAGGACGCUCUGACUGAACGGUCUAUGACGUUUCUUCAGCGUUACUGCACUUUCCAACGUAACGAGCCGUGUGCCUUGCCAGCCAUCGUGGAAAUGGUGGCGGCGUUUAUGCGAAUUACGCCGGAACAAGUCGCGUUGGCUACCGCCUUCAAUGCUCUGAAAUUAUUUGGUUUGAAUCAAUGAUAAUACUUGAACCUCAGAGAAUUGUGCAUAAAAUGGGUGCUAAUAGGUGCUAUAUAACAAUUCGAUUUUUAAAUAAUACAAUGUAGAGAAUUAAAAUUUUGUUUAUGUUAAAUAA